CCAGCUGCGGAGUCUCCUUCUGGAAGAGCUGCAGCCGCGGAGAAGGAAAGCGCCAAGGCCAGCCGGACAGACCGACGCGCUGACCGCCGCUGCGCCGCCGCCCCAGCUCGUGCUGCCUGCUGCUCGCGCUGCGCCACCAAGGUAACCCACUCGCUAGAGCCCGAGCCCAAAAUGGAAACAGUCCAGGAGCUGAUUCCUCUGGCUAAGGAGAUGAUGUCUCAGAAGCCCAAGGGGAAGCUCGUCAAGCUGUACGUGCUGGGCAGCGUGCUGGCCCUCUUCAGCGUGGUGCUGGGCCUGAUGGAGACAGUGUGCAGCCCCUUCACAGCCGCUAGCCGUCUGCGGGACGAGGAGGCAAUGGAGGCUGAGCUGAGGGGCGCUCAGGAGCGACAGGCCCAACGCAGGCAAGCCCUGCUGGAGAAAGGCAAGCAGCCAGAGGAAGCCCUGCUCGGUUGCCGGGCCCACUCCCACCGGCAGCAUGCCUCCUAGGAACUCCAGAUCAGCAGAAGGGAAGGGGGGACAGACAGAAAGACAGACAGACAAGAGACAGACAGACAGAUCCUGACUCAAAUGGGAGACAAGAGGAGCCAUGUGCCCUUUGAGAGAAGUCACUGACACCUAGAACUGACCUGCCACGU